AUGGAUACAACUGAGCAAGAGCUACACAGCAACAAGAAGCAAGCAGUAGAAUCUGCUAACGACAAACCUGCUUCAGGAACUGUAAACAUGAACAUAUCCCUGUUGGGCAACACUUCCAGUUCUGAGUCAGGUCAAACAGGCAACUGCCUAUUUCGGCCUAAGCCCAUCCGGUUUUCAAAUUUUGCAGAUAAGAAUGUUUCUCUCACGGGGGUUCUGAAUAUGGUAAAGAAGGGUUCGGAAGAUCAGGUAGAAAUUGAUUCAUCCAUUUGUUUACCAGUGUCCCGUGAUGUGGAAGAUCCUUUGUAUCUGAGUAUUGGAGGCAGAAAUCAAAUCGUUUCAGAUAAUCACCUGUCAGAAUUUGGAGGGAUACCCUAUAACCCUGCAGACAAGAAUAAAAUGAUUAGCUCCAUCAUUCACGGGACGAGUAAUUAUAUGUCACUUGGACCAACUUAUAAUACCGAAGAUGGAAGUGCCAUUUCAGUGAAUACCACCUUCGGUAAGAUAGAUAAGAACUUUAUUUCACUGGGACAGGCCUCCAACAAGGGAGAUGGCAUGCUACCGGGUUAUCACGAUAACGAGAUAGAUAAUAAUCUUCCUUCUAUUGAUCAAGCGUUCAACAAAAAGUUCGACAAUUUUACUCCAGUUGGGGAGGGGAGUGAAAAGGGAAAUGGCAAUCUAAUGCCAAUCGUUCCUAAUUACUACAGGAGCCAUGAAACUUUCGUUUCUAUGGACAGUUUCUACAAUAAAGCAAAUGAAGCUUAUAUGUCAACAUGUCCUACUAAUGAUAAGGGGGGGAUAGAUAUUGCAUCAAUCACUUCAAUUCAUGGUCAGCAGGAUGCUACUGUUCUAUCACUAGGAUCUGUUUACAGUAAAGGAAAUUCCAGUUUCCUAUCAAUGGACCAAAGCCAUAAUAAGGGGAAUAAUACUACUAUAACUUUUGGAGGCUUUCGUGAUAAUCCAGUAGCAAGAUAUCCAUCUGUCAGGCUCCUAAGCUACUGGAAUCCUUUCCUAAAUCAAUCCUCUGCUCAACCUUCAGGGGCUUUACAACAGAGAGAUUUUGUGAAGUACCCAAGUAUAAAUUCUGUUUCAGCAUGUACUUCAGGGUCAAGGAGUGGCUCCAACAACAAGGAGAAGAAGAAAAUUAUAAAGGUCCCUUCAAACGACUUCCCCUCAAACGUUAAAAUUUUGUUAUCAACUGGUAUACUUGAAGGAGUUCCUGUGAAGUACAUUUCGUGGUCAAGGGAGAAAGAUCUUCGAGGAGUAGUGAAAGGGACUGGUUAUUUGUGUGGCUGCAAGGAGUGCAAGCUUUCCAAAGUUACAAAUGCUUAUGAGUUUGAGAAACAUGCUGGUUGCAAGACCAAACACCCGAAUAAUCACAUUUACUUUGAGAAUGGGAAGAGUAUUUACGCUGUCGUCCAAGAACUGAAGAGCACCCCUCAGGACAUGCUAUUUGCGACAAUAGAAAAUGUGACUGGAUCUCCUGUAAACCAGAAAAAUUUCCAAUCUUGGAAAGCUUCGUAUCAAGCUGCAAACCUUGAACUUCAGGGUGUUUAUAAUGGGAAGGAUUUAAUGGUCAUGCAUCCUAAAUAA